CGAUCAACAAUUGUCCCGUUUUCACUGGAACCACGAGUCCCCCCAGCAGAUAGUGCAGCACCGCACUCCGUCUCCGUCAGACACCCCGAUAAUAAAAUCAUCCGAUGGGGGGGGGGGCUCAUCCCCCCGCGUCAUUCCGGGGUGAGGGGUAUCAGAUCCGUCGCGACGCCUGCGCGGCGACGCCGCGUCAAACAUAGCGGCUAUAGGUUAAAUCCUCGUAUCCCCAGUUUUGUUGUUUUUCUCCCGUUGCCUCCUGAUCCCGCCUUCAAAAGUACAGUCCGACCAAUCGGGUGACGCUGUCUGCAAUACCCGGGUGCUUGUUCUACUUGAACUGCCAAAGCUCCGUUUGGAUAUCCCCCGAACGUGUUACAACGGAAAACGAGUGCGGGACGAGAGGUGACCGAGAGAAACCGACGGCCAAUUCUCCGGUGAUUAAAGAUUUAAUUAAAAUUAAUUUUGCCGGAUCGACGGCAUCAGUUGUCGCGGUAAUUGACGGAUCGAUUGAUUAAUUGCGGGAAUUGUUGUUACUCGGUGGGUGACAGGUGUCAGGGUGGGCCGAAUGACGAGGGGUGAUGAACGAGAUUUGAGUGAAUCGAGUGGAUAAUUCCGUCGAGAGAAGUGAUUCUCUGGUGCCGGUAGAACUCAGGAACUUGUUCAGUGAAAUACGGAUUGGUUGGGACUGUUGGUGGGUCCUGGGGUGCGGGGACUGGACGGCUGAUUGGUUUGAUUUGUGAGUGGAGAUGAAUGGGACCGCUACGCUGGGGGCUGCGGAGGGCCCGAUGCAGAGGCAGCCGUCGCAGAAUGAGUCCGGGUCGGAACAUCCCCGGAGUCCGAGUCCGCUGAGCGUUCGUCAUGAUUCAGCGGAAUCCAGUGUGAUAUCACCAGGUCUUCCCGAGCGUUACAGCCCCAUGGGAACAACGAACUCGGCCUCGAGUCACGACCCCUACGCCUCUCGUUCAGUGCAGGAGUGUCCGGUGCCUCUCUGCCGAGGAAUGCCGACGGACUUCCCCAUGGCCCGAUCACCGUACCUGACCGCCCUGGGCAACGGCCACUCCCACCUCCUCCAGGUCCAGCAGCAGCACGUCCAGCAGCAGCAGCAGCUCACCCAGUCCCAUCAGCAGCAGCAGCAACAGCCCCAGCACAGCAGCAAACCCCGUAGUCUGGGCCUCAUAUGCGUCGUCUGCGGGGACACCAGCUCGGGAAAGCACUACGGCAUCCUCGCUUGCAACGGCUGCAGCGGAUUCUUCAAGAGAAGCGUCCGGAGAAAGCUCAUCUACCGAUGUCAAGCGGGAACUGGCAGGUGCAUUGUAGAUAAGGCCCACCGGAAUCAGUGCCAAGCGUGUCGUCUCAAGAAGUGUAUGCAGAUGGGGAUGAACAAAGAUGGAAUUUUGGCUGGUUCAUUUGCAGCUGUGCAGAACGAGAGACAGCCCAGGAACACAGCGACAAUUAGACCCGAGGCUUUGGUGGAGAUGGACCAGGAGAGGGCGUUGAGAGAAGCUGCUGUUGCCGUUGGAGUUUUUGGGCCACCGGUUUCUCUGGCUAUGGCACGGUAUGCCGCCCCUAUGCCACUUCCCGCGAUGCAACCCACCCCUAAUACGACCAGCACCUCUUCACCACCACGACAGGACGUGGAGGAUGGGAAUGCAUCAGAAGACAGUAUAGACGUGACAAACGAGGAGCCCUUAACACCGCAGCGAAAUUUGUGCCCCCAAUUGCCCCCCGUGAUGCCCUCAUUGUACUCCCCAGCGAGUGCUGAAACGGUGUACGAGACCAGUGCUCGUCUCCUCUUCAUGGCUGUUAAAUGGGCCAAGAAUCUCCCGUCAUUCGCAAGUUUACCGUUUCGCGAUCAAGUGAUUCUGCUCGAGGAGGCGUGGUCCGAGCUCUUUCUCCUCAACGCAGUGCAAUGGUGUCUUCCACUCGAGUCGUCUCCACUCUUCAGCGCUGCUGAGCUUACAGCACUCACCCUCUCACCACACUCUCAUCCACAUUCUGGAAUGCACACACCAAAUGGGGGUAAACCUAGUCAAGUGGCUGCCGAUGUUCGACACCUGCAUGAUACACUUCAGAGAUACAAAGCUGUUAUGGUCGAUCCAGCUGAGUUUGCUUGUAUGAAGGCUAUCGUCCUCUUCAGACCAGAGACUCGGGGCCUGAAAGACUCCAGUCAAAUCGAGAAUCUCCAGGACCAGGCCCAGGUGAUGCUGGGCCAGCACGCACGGACCCAGCAGCCAGCCAGCCCUGCAAGAUUUGGAAGACUCCUGCUGAUGCUGCCCUUGUUGAGAACAGUUCCAGCAGCUCGGGUGGAAUUAAUCUACUUCCAUAGGACAAUUGGUAACACUCCCAUGGAGAAAGUCCUGUGUGAUAUGUACAAGAAUUGAUUUGUUAUUCACGAACGAAUGGACACCUGAGGGAAGAUAUUUCCCAGGAAACUGGAGAAUUUCAUUCUCCAGGGUUUCUAGGAAUUCUUCUCUCACACGUGAUUUCAUGAAAACGGAGACGUUUAAUGUUUUACCGCGUAGUUGUGUUGAGCUGGGGCCUAAACGCUACUGAAGAUAUUAAUCUAAAAAUAAUAUGGAGAAUUAUAAAUGAAUUAUGUCGGCCUCUCAACGGAAUAAUUUAAUAACCAUGUAAAAUAGUGAAAUGUUAAUCCUAGAUGUGUAAGGUCACUAAUUACUUUGAUAAUGCAAUAACGAAUGCAUGACAAUUACUGAUAGUUAUGGAGAGGUUGAGAUGUCAUGUAUAUCAGUGUAUUUAUUUAUUACAGAUUAAUUCAGGGGUGAAAUGGAGAACAUUAAAUUUAUUAAAUUUUUCUAUCCCCUCACCCCUGAAUUUAUUCAUGUCGUAGAAAUCGAAAACGUCGACAUAUAUCGCCAUGUGAUUACCACAUCGACGUUACAAAUAAUUCGUGUUGUGAUAACGUCGUUGUAGAUGUGAAUGUAUCGUCAGGAGUUGAACGAUUCAAGUGAUUCAUCAUGUUACGAUUACGCUAUUUAAUUAAUUGUAUUAAAACGAGAUAU